CCCACCUCCCCUUCAACCACCACACCACCACCAUCACCACCACCACCAUCACCACCACCACAACCAUGGUCUACGCCUUCACCCUGCCCACGACCUCGCACCUCUCCUUCCAGACCUUUCUCACGUCCAGCACGCACCCUUCCCUCCCCCAAGCCGCCACCACCGCCCGCCAUGCCCUGCGACAAGCGCUCAAAGCCCACAAGCGUCUACCCCGCGGUGCGCAACAAGACGCGCAUCUCGCAACCCUCCUCACCACCCUCACCAACUAUCUCCCCUACCUGCUGGCCCUCUCCACCGGCCUCAGCAGCAGCACCUCCCCGACCAGCGAGGAAAUCGAAAUCACGCUCCGCACCGAGAUCAUCUCCUCGUGGCGCGCCACCCUGACCAACCCGUCCACCACUCUCUCGCUCAAACAACGUCCCUCCCCCUCCCGCAUCCCAGGCCAAGGCCUCGACUUCGAAAUCGCCUUCGUCCUCACAACCCUGGGCUACAUCCUCAGCGGCCUCGCCCGCACAGGCACAACCCGCAUCCUCUACGCCGCUACAACCCCGACCCCGGACCAACGCACCGCCGCCAUCCAAACCGCCACGAAACUCCUCCUCCAGGCCAGCGCCCAACCACAACCCCACCCCACCACCUCCACCUCCAACAGCCCUCCCACCCUCCCGGACCUCGACCCCGCCACACAAGCCGCCCUCUCCUGCCUCGCCCUGGCAGAAGCCACCCUCCUUGCGGUCCUAAAAGACGACUCCUACGUAACAACCUGCAUCCAAGCGCGCAACCCCAACGACAAAGACUGGAUGGUGCGCGCGCCCGAGAUCCCCAAAGUGCGGGCGCAUCUCUUCGCCAGAUUAUGUAUCCGGGCGGCGGAGUACGCGGAGCAGGCCGCCGCGGGACUGGGGUCCGUCAAGUCGGAGGGGAAGAUGGGCAUCGACGAGGACUUGCUGGGUUAUGCGCGCGUGCUGGGACGGGUGGCGCGGGCGCGGGCGUGUCGGUUCUUCGGGGUCGAUGCGGAGCUGGCGGGGAAGAUUGGGGAGGGGGUGGCGGACGGGAGUGCGAGGGGGAAGGGCGGGUUGGGGUUGUCGAGGUUGAAGCAGGGGUGGAUGGAACGGCGGGAGGAGAGGCGCAUGGAGAAGGAUGCGGGGAGUCGCGAUCGUACUGCGAUGGAGAAGGGCGGGUUGGGGCCUGGGGAUAAUGCUGGGCGGGAGGAGGAGGGCCGCGUGAUUGAGAUGUUGGAGACGAAGUGGGUGAGGAUGAAUGAUACGAUCAACACGCAGCUGAUCCCGCCGUCGGCGGAGCUGCUCGCCAACCUGCCCUCUGGACGUGAUAUCCAUUCCCCGCCGGCGCCGUAUAAGAUCCCGUCCCUGGACGAAGAGCAGCUGGUGCGGAUGCGUGCGCCGCCGGCAGACGAUGAGUCCGGACCCGGCAGUGAUGUCGACGAUAGCGACGAGGACCCGGCCAGUGUGCCUCGGGUCUAUACCCCCGGCACGCUUGAGCGCAGCGACAGUGCUUAUUAUUGAUACCCUUGACGAGACGAAUAUUUGGCAUUGAGCGAGAUGACUGGGUAAUGUAGGUAUUGUGGAAGAUGCUUUUUUUCUAUAUAAAGACCAGAUCCCAUACAUCAUGUCUGUAUGUCUCGACCGCAACUAUUUCUCAGCUGCCAUGCAGUAAUUGAGCCAGUCCAGAUAGACAGAUAACCACACCUCUCACCUCUCACCUCUCACCUCUUCCCCUCUCCCCAUCAUCCCCCUCCCAUCCCUAACUACCCCCAUCCCCAUCCCCAAAAGGAAGAGAG